AUGUUGUUAACAGAAGUUCUUUUUCAUUUUGGAGUCAUCUUAUCCCAAAAGGGUUAUUUCCCAGAUGGAUUUAACCCCGAUACUAUAAAUACAGUUGAGUUGACGCAUAACCGAACGCACGUUUUUGCCAAUGAGUCAUCGUAUCGCGUUGGAGAUGAAGGGGUUGAGUAUCUGAAGUGGGUUUAAACUUGAUGAUGGGCAUUUAUGAUGAAUAUUCAGUUCAACGGUUGAGGUUUUCCCAUUGCCAGCGUUGGAUGAUGAUGGAACGAAGCAGUAUGACAUUCAGCUGUUCUUUUCGUUGGAGAAUCAGACAAGGGAGUAUGGAUUCUUGAUCAGAGAAGAAGUUAAUGAUACGUAAGGUUUGAUUACAGGGCUGUGAUCAGCCUGUCGGGAAAAUAAUAAGGACUUGUCGCGCUUUGGAAUCGUCCUUUGUCGCUUUGCCAUAGCUAGAGAUUUGAUGCGCGACUGCACAAAUUUUGCGAUGAAACAUUUUGCUGCAACAAGUCCUCACUAUUUUCUAUUCUUUUGUCGUUUCAGCGCCAUUUUCGGCACUCUAAAUCCACUCAAAACAGAGGUCUGGAACAAAGAGCUAAACCAGCGACCUCCUUCCAGUUACUGGCGGGCUGACUUCUAUGAAAAGAACAUCAUCUUUCAUCGACGCCAUGGCGGAUUUGAAGUACGCUUUGAAGAAGAUCUCGGAAAUUCGAACAAACAUUUGUACCGAGUUGAUGGCGAGAAGGUAGAUCAAUGAAUUCAUAAUUCUCUAGUUUUAGGAGGCCGAUCUCACAUAUAAAUCUUCGUAUAUUCGACACGACGACGACUUUAUUUUUUCCCAAAAAGACGAUGGGGUUGACUGUGGAUUGGCAACGAUGGCGUUGGUGGCAGAAAUGUCCUGCGGUGUCCAGUCUUUCUACUUGUAUAAAAAGUUAGAGGCUGAUGGAGAAGAGAGGUUCAGUCAGUUCUUUCAUGCGGUAAGAAUUCAUUUUAACCUUUUUAGCAAGACAAGUACCUGUCCCUUUUUGAAAACUUAAUUUACAAGGGAAGUACUCAAUGUGCUACGCUCAGAUUUUGAUGAAAAUUGGCAUAAAUUUACAAUAGAUUAAAGCUUUCAAAGCAUGUGUGAAGAAGGAAAUGCGAACGUCCUCUUUGAGCCUUGCUUUAUCAAUAAAAAUCUUGUUUCAAGCGAUUGCUUUUAAAUCUACUAUUUCAGCGACUAAUCGAAAUGAUGACGGAACAAAUUCACGAUCCCAAUCUUCAAGCGCACCUCGACAAUCUUUACAUACAGUUUGGCCAAACCUCUGUUACUAGUAGCCCUCUAAUUGUAAGUUCGGUCGUCUUAUUAGCGGCGGCCUCUCUGAUUAUCCUGCUUAUUGCUCUGAUUAUUCGUUUUGGAAGGUCCAUAGAGCGAGACGAGAUUGCCCAUGCCGACAUCGUUCUACAAGAACGCCGGAAAAUUGAAGAGACCGAUGACUAA